AUGGGCGGGGAGCUGGUGCCGGGCCUGGGGGCCCUGCGGCGGCGAAAGCGCCUGCUGGAGCAGGAGAAGAGUCUGGCUAGCUGGACGCUGGCACUGGCAGGAACUGGCAUUGGACUCAUGGUCCUGCACGCGGAGAUGCUGUGGUUCGGGGGGUGCCCGUGGGCGCUCUAUCUGUUCCUGGUUAAAUGCAUGAUCAGCAUUUCCACGUUCCUGCUCCUGUCUCUCAUCGUGGCCUUUCACGCCAAAGAGGUCCAGCUGUUCAUGACGGACAACGGGCUCCGGGACUGGCGCGUGGCGCUGACCGGGCGGCAGGUGGCGCAGAUCGUGCUGGAGCUGGUGGUGUGCGGGUUGCACCCGCCGCCGGUGCCGGGCCCGCCGUGCGUGCUGAGCUCGGGGUUCCCGAAGACCACGGCCACGCAGUCCUGGCCCAGCUUCCUGGACCAGGGGGAGGCGCUGCUGUCGCUGGCCAUGCUGCUGCGCCUAUACCUGGUGCCCCGCGCCCUGCUCCUGCGCAGCGGCGUCCUGCUCAACGCCUCCUACCGCAGCAUCGGCGCGCUCAACCAGGUCCGCUUCCGCCACUGGUUCGUGGCCAAGCUGUACAUGAACACGCACCCCGGCCGCCUGCUGCUCUGCCUCACGCUUGGCCUCUGGCUCACCACCGCCUGGGUGCUGUCGGUAGCCGAGAGGCAGGCUGUUAAUGCCACCGGGCACCUUUCGGACACACUGUGGCUGAUCCCCAUCACAUUCCUGACCAUUGGCUAUGGCGAUGUGGUGCCAGGUACAAUGUGGGGCAAGAUUGUCUGCCUCUGCACUGGUGUCAUGGGGGUCUGCUGCACAGCCCUGCUGGUGGCCGUGGUGGCCCGGAAACUGGAGUUUAAUAAGGCAGAGAAGCACGUGCACAACUUCAUGAUGGAUAUUCAGUAUGCCAAAGAGAUGAGGGAGUCGGCUGCCCGGGUGCUGCAGGAGUCCUGGCUGUUGUACAAACAUACGCGCAGGAAGGAGUCUGGAGCUGCCCGCAAGCACCAGCGCAGGCUGCUGGCUGCCAUCAACAGGUUCCGCCAGGUGCGGCUGAAACACAGAAAGCUCCGGGAGCAAGUGAACUCUAUGGUGGACAUCUCCAAGAUGCACAUGAUCCUAUGUGACCUGCAGCUCCGACUGAGCAACUCCCACCAGGCCCUGGAGAAGCAGAUUGACGCUCUAGCAGGGAGGCUGGACACCCUGACCGAGCUGCUCAGCGUUGCCCUGGGGCCGCGGCAGCUUCCAGAACCAAGCCAGGAGGCCACGUAG